UGCGGGUGGGAAAAAAAUAACGCUAGUUGACGUUGGCGAAUAUCCGCUCGUGUUCGGUUGGUCCGCCUCUCCCUCCCGUCAAAAUUCGGCUGUUGUCGUCGCGAAGCGUCCAAGUGGAGGAGGAAAAGAAAAGGAGAGGGGGGAGACUGGUCGUACUAGGAAGCAAAAAAAAAAGUAAACGACAAUUAAAUAUUAACACCACCCGUCAGCGGAAAGUGAAAGCGGCGCGACUCGGCAGCUUUGAAGUCGACACUGUGGUACAUGGAGAGCUGGUUUUCCACAGUCUGUGGUGUAAACACAUUAGUGUAGUUGUGACAUUGCGCCGUGAGCGACAGAGCAGAGGGAAAAGGUCUCCUCCCAGUCUGUUGACGGAUACAGUUUGGCUCCAGUGAAAGGAGACACGGCUAAGACCUGACUGUACAUUACCCCGGCCAGUGUUGAUUGCCCAGGAUGUCUUCGAAAGCUCACAAUUCCAAUAACAUCGCCCAUGCCCGACGGACGGUGCAGCAGCUGAGGAUAGAGGCGAGCAUUGAGAGGAUAAAGGUAUCCAAGGCCUCCGCGGACCUUAUGAACUACUGCAGCGAACACGCCAGGAACGAUCCUCUCCUUAUGGGCAUCCCCGCUUCAGACAAUCCCUUCAAGGACAAAAAACCCUGCAAUAUAUUGUAGUGGAUGCCACUUAGCCUUUAUGUGUUUUAUUUUUGCUUAUUAAUGUCGCUGUAUUCUUUUUGUUGGGAGGAGCGAGGGGUGGACUGUGAUCGUAUCAUUACCAUGUGUUCACCUGUUCUGUUAACAAUUCACCAAUUCAUCCACGAUGUUCCACAAAAACAGCUUUUUGUAAAGAGCAAAGAAAGUGUUGUGUGUGUGGCUGCCUGUAUUCACUGCAACUGUUCUCCUCUGUGCCGCUGGUCAGUUUGAGCUCUGACCACUAACAAGACUUUGGCUGCAUGAGUUGCGAUGGUGUCAGGUACAUUAUGUCGCUUAAAUAAUUGACUACAAAUACUGUUCUCUGAAUAUUUUAACAGCGCUUGCACUCCUCGGUAAUGGAUUCGAUCCUUCAUCUGUAUUUUAUCUCUAUUGGGCAGCAACUGUUAUUAUCUCUCUGUUUUGCCACAAGUGGAUUCAUACAGCCAAAGUUUCCCUUUCGCUCCUUUACAGCAGAUCAGUUUUAAGAUAGGUAGUAACUGCUCUUGGGACUGUAACAUCUGGUGAUAAAAUAUUCUGCAAACCACCACUUACAGGUCCACGACAAUCCACAUCCCAUUUAAUCCAUCCAUGAUACAGUGUUGUCUUUAGCUGAUUUAAUGAAUCGUCAUGUUGAAUUAAGAUUCCAAGAUCAUCUCUGCUCAGAUUUUAAGCCGACGGGACAAAAUGAUCCCAGCGCUGUGACACUUUUGGAAAUGGAGUGAAUGAAGCUAAAAUGCAAAAUGCUUUAUCAGUCCUCCUGGGCACUAUUUGCACUCUUGAAGUCAACAGUGUAACAUUAAAGCAGUGCAGAAGUUAUAUUUUUGUUACUGUAAGUGUCAGCUGACAUUUGGUGCAAGGCAACACUGUGUAAAGAAGAUAUUUAAAAGCCAAACCAAUGAUACAGCAUUUCAAAACAUCAAAAUAUGUGUCUGAAUGGGACCAUUUUAGCCAUUCCUUCUAAAAAAAAAAAAAAAAAAAAAAAAUUCUGUGGUACGCUAUUCUUAUGACGCUGCUAUCACUGAAGCACGUCAGCCAGCUAACAGGAGCAAGUGUUACGUAACACUGUGAGCCACGCCCACUUGCUCAUCACAACAAGUGUCUUAGUCAAGCGAACGCGCACAUCGUUGUCUUAAAGUGUUUUUGGCAUGUCGUAGGUACAGGUACAAAUGGUAGUGUGCAUUGAUGAUGAAACCAAUCUCCCAAGAUUGCUCUCUUUUUUUUUUUUUCACUUUAAACUCUAACAUUUGUGUCGGUGGAGGUCUUCAAUCUUCAGUCUAACAUGUCCUGCAUGUUGUGAUUCGCUGGGGGAACGUAUCUGCUAUGGUAAAUUUAACAAAAACAGAAUAGAUAGUAUAAAUUAAAAUUUCUUACACUCUAAAGCCUUACUUAUGUUUGCCUUGUAUUAUGAAGAACACUCUUACUGGGAGGACUUUCUUUAAAACAACAAAAAAAAGAUGUUUCUAUCAAAUGUUUUUAUCUGCGGGAUGAAAGUGAUUUGUAACAAUAUUGUGCCAUCGUUUUUGUCUACACGUGUCUCUUGUAAAACAUGUUAAAUCGUGUUUGACUUGCCUGGUGCUCCGCUUUUCAGCAGUUUUGGUAUUGUUGCCUUCUCCAAAGGGUACUUUCAGGUCUUCAAAUCAGCAAGAUCUAGUGUUAUUAUCCAAGUGUAUUUUUUUAUGAUUGUCUCUUAACAGUCAAUUCUUCUUACUUGCAAUAAAUCAUUCCUGUAUGCCUCUUAAGGAAAAGCUGAGAUUACCACUGCCAUGUCAUAAUUUCUGUCCAUUCAGCAACUCCGUAACGGCCUUAUUGUACCACUGAUAGAUUAAUUUAACUGUCAAAAUCUGCAUUUUGAUAAAUGUCUUUAUUAAUAUACCAACCUUUGUAUGAAGACUUAACUAAGAUUAAUUAAGUGAAGCAUUCCUACAGUACAAUACUGUACUAAUAUCUCAAUAAAGAUGUGUUGUGCUGCACAGUGAGAAGA